AUGAUGAAGGAGAUUUACGAACACGCCGCGGUCGUUGAUGUCUGGCUUGGACCAACUACGGACUCUGAAGCCAAAGCCCUUGAUCUCGUGUUAGGCGAUCUAUCUACUAUGGCACAAACGUAUGGAACCGCAUGGACUCCUGGGGCAAACGCAUCAAGAAGCCUCUUCGUGCAUUUCAUGUCGCGACGAUGGUUUCACCGACUCUGGACACUGCAAGAGUUCGCCUUGGCAAAAAAGAUUAGGAUCCUUUGUGGAGAUCAUUUCAUAAACCAAGGUGACCUUCAUAAUGCAGCAUUGUUUCUGCAAACCCUUGGACUUACCAUGGAAUUGCAAUAUGGAAAUAACGGGACCGCUGGUACAGCAGUAAUGCAGCAGAGCAUACUCAGGGCAUGCUUGGAAGAUAUGAAUCAACUCAUGAAGUUUGUUUCUCAAAUUCCAGGAGUGGCUAGCGACCCGAGAGACUUUGUUUAUGGAAUUCUGGGCUUAGCAGAAGCAAUCAUGGAGCGCUUGUCUAACAUGACCAAUGAUGUUGAUUCAUCCAUAUCCUCAUACAACCCAAUUGUUCCAGAUUACAGUCUUUCGACUGCCGACGUUUUCCGAGCUUUCAUUCUUCGUCUCAUGCACAGUAAAUUGGGUAUCAGAGCAGUUGCACUCAUCACUCCUGGAGUGCAAACGGGCGACAGGCCUGGGUAUCAGCUUCAACGUCGAAGUGUUCCAUCUUGGGUGGAUGUCGAGCACGAAUUACCUUCAUGGGUUCCAAAUUUGGCCAACCGGGAACAAUUUUCUUUAUCCAAUGGCGGUGCUCUUUUCCUGAAUAGUUCCAAGAGCGAUUUCAACAUUCAUGGCUCAGCUUUGGCCGUACAGACACAACGCUUCCACGUCAAGGGCAAUAACCUCCAUGUUUUUGGCCGAAGGCUGGGUAUUUCAAGAGGGUCUUCAAGAUUCCCUUCAGCCCUAGAGUGGGCACCGUGUGCUACUUUUUUAAUGAACGUUUUUGGCCCCUUAAGCCUAUUAGCAUCAAAAUAUCCUAUCCGCUGCGAGGAUAAAGACCUAUCUUCCAAAGAAUUGUCGCCUGUUGAAGUAUUCCUGUCUUGUAUCUCUUUGGGAUCUUGGCACCCUGGCAAUAAGUUCACAUCUCUCAAUGGCCCAUCUUUGCCGGUGUGGAAAGUUGAGAGAUUCAUUGUAGACGGCAUAUCCCAGUACUUGUGCGUGCAGCUGGCGUCUGCUGCUGGAAAUGAAACUGUUGACUACGUCCUUACUCAAGAUAGCUAUGAUAUCAUCUCGCGUGCACAGUCAAUAAAGGGAAUCGACGAAAAGUACCUUUAUGAGGCUUAUAAGCUUUUAAAGAUGCCCUCGCGAAUACUUGACAAACACGACUUCCUCGGCUGUGUCCGUGACAUGGAUGAUGCAACCGACUUUUCACAAACUUGUUCACAUCUUAUUCGUCAAUUUCACUGGGCAAGAGGAAGGGCUGUGUUUGCGAUACAAUUGGACGAUGAGUACGUCAGACGAUUCUUCACUUGUUCUGGAGCCAGCGACCGGCAAGAAGUAACGAAGAUGCUUCUUGGGCUUGGCCCCGAGAGAAUGAGAAAAGAAGACGAGGUAUGGGCAAUUCAGGGGUCAGAAUGGCCAUUUCUGCUCCGCCCUCUCUACAUCGACGAAGAAAGAAAGCUGCCUGUGAUGGAUAUGCCAUUUAAAGAAAAGAAAGGAGGUUGGUGGGGUCAAACAGAUGAGAGGCCUCAUACGAUAAAGGUAUAUGAAUUGAUAGGAGAAGUGUAUGUUCACGGCAUCAUGCAUGGUGAGCUCUUUGAUCACGAAAAUGAUGUAUUCGAUUUUGAAGAGAUUGUUAUACGUUAA